UUAUCUGUUGUUCGCUGAUAUUUCACUGUGGAGGCACGUGUUGAGGGUGUUUGUUUGUGUUUACAUGUUUUAAAGAGAGAGAGAUAGAGGGGGGGGCGGUGUCCCUCAGCCUCCGCCCGCCUCCUCUAGCUCCGUGCAAACCGGCCGAGGGGCUCAGGAGGAGCCGCAGAGCCGCCGACAGAGGAGGGGGCGACGGCUGCUCAGACACCGGGAGACAGGGGCGAUGGCCGCCGGCUUAGGAUGCGGGGAAUCGGUGGAUCAGUACCGAGCCGAGGUGCAGCGGCUCACCCAGGAGCUGACCGAGGCGAACCGGGAGAAGAUCCGGGCUGCGGAGUGCGGACUGGUGGUGCUGGAGGAGAACCAGGCGCUGAAACACAAGUAUGCGGAGCUGGAGACCGAGCAGGAGACCCUCAGGAAGGAGUUGGAGCAGUUGCAGGAGGCGUUCGGCCAGGCCUACACCAACCAGCGUAAGGUGGCGGAGGAUGGGGAGACCAACGAGGAGACACUGCUGCAGGAGUCCGCCUCCAAAGAGGCCUACUACACCGGGCGGGUGUUGGAGCUGCAGACGGAGGUGACGCUGAGCCGCUCGGUGGCGUCCAACACGCAGGCAGAAAACGAGCGGCUCAACGUGCUCACGCAGGAGCUGCGAGAGAGUAACGAGAUGCUGGAGCUGCAGAGGAGCAGGAUGAGGGAGGAGAUCAAGGAGUACAAGUUCAGAGAGACCAGGCUUCUCCAGGAUUACACCGAGCUGGAGGAGGAGAACAUCACGCUGCAGAAACUGGUCUCCACUCUCAAGCAAAACCAGGUGGAGUAUGAGGGACUCAAGCAUGAAAUCAAGGUGCUGGAGGAGGAGACCGUCCUUCUCAACAGCCAGCUCGAAGACGCUCUACGUCUGAAGGACAUCUCCGAGGGUCAGUUGGAAGAAGCCCUGGACGCCCUGAAGAGUGAGCGUGAGCAGAAGAACAACCUGAGAAAGGAGCUCGCCCACCACCUCAGCCUGAGUGACAGCGUCUACGGGGCCGGGGCCCAUCUGGCGCUCACCGUCACCGGCGUCGAGGGCCUCAAGUUCCCAGAGGAGACGAUUGUGACCAACGGCACCAACGGCGGCACCCUGCCCGCCGCUAAUGGCAAUAGCGAGGACAGCAACUGGCGCAACGGUCACAUGCACGUGAGCACGGGGCUGGCGAAGAUGAACGGGGAGUAUCGGUCGGGCCGGAAGGGAGAAGCCCUGCACCCGGUGCCGGACCUGUUCAGUGAGCUCAACCUGUCCGAGAUGCAGAAGCUCAAACAGCAGCUGCUGCAGGUGGAGUGUGAGAAGGCCGCGCUGCUCUUGAACCUGCAGGAGUCACAGACCCAGCUGCAGCACACGCAGGGCGUCCUGACCGAGCAGAGCGAGCGCGUCCAUCGUCUCACGGAACGCGCCAAUGCCAUGAAACGUCUCAAUGGUGACAAAGAGCUUGAUGACCCUCAAGAGAGCGAGAAGCCCGAUGGUGGCUCGGUGUCGCCGCCGGCAAAUGGUCACCAUGAUCCCGACAUCCACGGGUUUGAGAUCCUGGAGUGUAAGUACAAGGUGGCGGUGACGGAGGUGAUCGACCUGAAAGCGGAGCUCAAGGCCCUGAAGGAGAAGUAUAACCAGACGGUGGAGGGUCAGGGAGACGGCCACAGUGACGACAGGGUUCAAGCCCUGACUGAACAGCAGGUAACUCAUCUGGAGCGCAGUCACCGUGAAAGCCGAGAGCGGGUGGCGAUCCUGGAGGCCGAGCUGCGAGCGGCAACGGGCACGGCCACGGAGAGUCAGGGGAUGCUGAACACAGCGCAGGACGAGCUGGUAACCUUCAGCGAAGAACUGGCGCAGCUCUACCACCACGUCUGCAUGUGCAACAACGAGACGCCCAAUCGCGUCAUGCUGGACUACUACCGCCAGAGCCGCGUCACACGCAACGGCAGCCUGAAGGGCUCCGAUGAUCACCGGGCUCUGCUCUCGCCUCGCCUGGCCCGACGCCUCGCUGCAGCAGCCGCGGCGUGCUCCCACGAGCCCCAGAGCAGUCCCAUGGGCUCCCCAUCCAAAGACGGCCAUCACAACGAGACGACAGCCCCCACAGGGGACUCCUCAUCCUGCCACAGCAGCCCCACCCGCAACCCCACGGGCUCCCCAGGCAUCAGCAUCUCUCCUUGCCCGUCUCCACUGCACUCGGAGGUCGGAGGGGACCUGCGGAAGGAGCCCAUGAACAUCUACAACCUGAACGUCAUCAUCAGAGACCAGAUCAAACACCUGCAGAAGGCCGUGGACCGCUCGCUGCAGCUGUCCCGGCAGAGGGCUGCGGCCAGGGAGCUGGCUCCAAUGCUGGACAAGGACAAGGAGUCGUGCAUGGAGGAGAUACUCAAGCUCAAGUCCCUGCUCAGCACCAAGAGAGAGCAGAUAGCCACACUCAGGCUGGUGCUCAAGGCCAACAAACAGACGGCAGAGGGUGCGCUGGCUAAUUUGAAGAGCAAGUAUGAGAAUGAGAAGUCGAUGGUGACCGAGACCAUGAUGAAGCUGAGAAACGAGCUGAAGGCUCUGAAAGAAGACGCCGCCACCUUCUCGUCUCUCAGGGCCAUGUUCGCCACGAGGUGCGACGAGUACGUGACCCAGCUGGAUGAGAUGCAGAGGCAGCUGGCGGCAGCAGAGGACGAGAAGAAGACGUUGAACUCCCUGCUCCGCAUGGCCAUCCAGCAGAAGCUGGCCUUGACCCAGCGUCUGGAGGAUCUGGAGUUUGACCACGAGCAGAUCUACCGAGGCCGCGGCGCCAAAGUGCCCAAGAUUAGAAGCAGCCCGCCCAAAUUUCUUGUAGAUUGUCAGCAGUCUGCUGCCUCAGUAUCGUCACUUUCCCCCCAACUAAGGCGAGGGCGAGCGUCCCUGGCCCGCAGUCGUAAGUUUGUGGCAGACCUGCAGGAUCACCACGCCGUUCUGACCAGCGGUAUUUGCCUGCUCUCCUCUGGCGACCCCUGUAACCAUCUGGUCCAACUCCCCCACCUGCCUGGCCCCUAACCUCCCUGCUCCAGCCCGGGUGCUGGCCAGGGUCUAGGGCCACUCUGGAAGGGAGUUCAGUUCGACUCCCGCUAAACCGCACAGUCCAUCCUGGUGCGCAAUGGACUCCGAGUCCCCCGCCUACACCCCAGCUCCGAGCGCCGCCCGGCCCCCCCGCAGGCCUCCUGGUCCCCCGGGUCGCAGAAGAAGAAGAGCGAUCGACUUCCUCCUGGAAAAGAACUUGACUAUGGCGGGAAACGUCACAGAGACAAAUCAGAGGGACAUCUCUUCCCUUCUUCUUACUUGUAUUUAUUUAUAAUUUAUUGAUCGUUUGGGACACAAGAUAUUUAUUACUGGAAUGUUUUUUUUCUGUGUUGGUUGGAUGGAAAUCAAGGUGUGUUCGAUUGGGUGAAGUGAGGCGAAGGCUUCAGUGAAUCUGUACUCGGCCGAUUCUGCUCUAGUAAACAAAGAAAAACCAAUGCAACCAAAAAACUGAUCUUACUCUUACUCUCUGGCGUUUAAGAUGUUAGAUUAAUAAUCCAAAAUACAGUGUAUGCCAUUUUAAGUAGGAGCGUGAGUGAGAGAACAUUGAUUUUGAGGCUGCAAACAGACUAAUGAAGCUUUGCUUCUCGUGGUGGUGACGGGUGGAGUUCAGCUGCCGUUCUAACACCACUAGUGUUUCUUGGAAUGUCAGUUUUUUUAUACAACUUUUUGAGGGUUUUAUUUGCAGAUCAUGCUCAUAAAUAAUAUAUUUCUACCUUUGUUUAUUUAAUUUUAACUGCUGCUGACCUGGUUGUGUCCGUUAGUGCAGAUCUCUGUAGAGACCGAGGUAGAGGAGAGGAGGUUUGGGAUCAGGACUCGGGCUGUGGCAGGGAUCUGACCGCGCUCUUUUAAACGUCAGUCAUGAAAAGAGGAUUCCCACAUUGGUGUGCCUCUGAUUCAGUUUCCGUCACCUUCAUGCCAACACUGUAUUCUCUCUGUAGAGUGUUCUCUAUCCUCUCUGUGGGCUUUUUUUCCACUUUUAUUUAUCAUGUCCUGGUUGAGUUGUCUCCACAUGCUUCCUUCAAACAGUAUGCAGAACUGUCCAAGCACAAUUAUAGCAAUACGGUAGUGGCACAGGUCGUAGACGGAUCUGGAUGAGAUUCAAACAUUUCUGUCUCCACGAGCAGAAGAAGAAGAAGACGGCAAGAGUCUCCCCGACUUUCUCAAAGCGACGCACUUACAGCACGACUCUCGAUUUCCUUUGUCACAAGGAGAUAGUUUUUUUUUUUUUUUCAUUGACUGCUUUGAGCCCGGAGGGACUGGGCUAAGUCUGACAGAGACAGAUCUAAUUUGUGAUGUUUAUUACAUAAUUGAAGUCCCCUCUCUAUCACUGUCGUUAUAAGAUGAUAUUGUCUUUAACGUGGAUGUCGUCGCCACUGCUAUGAAAACACACUUUGCCACAUGGAUAUGAAACAGACAAACUAAAACUACAUAGCCAGUAUUGUGUUGUAAUGACAUGAGAAAAGCAUUUCCUGUUGCAGACUAUUUAAUCUGUGUGUACACUUGUGUGUACAUUUGUGUGUACAUUUGUUGCGUUUGUUUUGUUAACGAUGUAGAUUGUUGCUACCGAGUGAGGAAAAACGUCUGUGGUCCAAAAGUAGCUCCUGAACCCAUGCAGGUUAACUCUCAUGGUUUGUUUGCACAAUAAAGCUGUGAUGGAGAGAGACUAAUCCAGUGAGAGGAAAUAAAACAUAAAAACUGAGGUUUAAAUAACUGAACACUGUAUUACUGUGAGUUCUACAGUUUUUCCUUUUUCCAUUUUCAAACGUGUUAAAUUGGUUUCACGAGUCAAUUAAAGA